CGCUUGUUUCAGUCGGCGCCGGUGUAAGGUUUUUUUGUAAUCGUUGGUAUUUUGUUGUUUGGUAAUUUUAAGAAUGCGUCCUACCCGACGUCAGUCAUAUAUUCGUGAACAGUGUGUAAGUAAGAAUGCUUCUAAUCAGCGGUAAUAGUGUUUUAUUAUAUUUUUAACAUUACGAUUUUAUCUCGUAAACAGUUUGAAGUGUUCAGUUUUUUUUACUUAUGUGUGUGUCCAAGGUGCAUUAUCGUUAACGUGACUCCUACAAUCUCAAGAUGUUCGAUUGUCAACAAACACUUCCUGACUAUUGCCUUGGACGAAAAUUAUGAGCCAUGUUAUUCAAGUCGAUGAGACUAAUAAAUAUGGGGAAUUAGUCGCGAUUUUAAGGAGCUCCAUAUUUCAUCAGUUUCUUAGCUUUAGCGUCUCUUUUUGUAUGAGUUUAUUGUGUACUUACUAGAAUUAUGGAAUGCCAUAUUUGGGUGGAUUGAGUCUUUUUUCUGCAAGUGCUAUAAAAACAAAGUGUCACAAUGUCUUUUUCAUUUCUAGCUUUUGCUCAAUUGAAACGACACGCUGUGACUGUAAGUAGCUACCAUUGUGGCCUGAAUAAUUCCAUCAAUUGUUUUGUGAAUGUUUGAUGCUUGAAAAAUACAAUGUGCUUUUUACUGUUCAGCAUUACUGCAAAUCUCUUGGCAUUAUUUUUUUUAUUUAGGAAUCCGAAAGAGCCCGACUUGAAUAUGGUACAUUUACCUUUCCUUUCCUAAUCUCUGGGUCCUUAGAUAGUGUUAACACCAGAACUUUUCACAAUUCUCAAGACAGGGUUUGAUAAAUAUUCUUAUUGGUAACCCGGUUUCAUUACUUGUAGCUUAAACAUCCACGCUCAUUAUGUGUCUAUGUUCUGACUAUUACGUUUCCGGUUAUUCACCUGUAUUCUGAUCUGAUUUUUUAAGCUGUCAUACCCUUCAUGCAUUUAGCGAUUUAACACAUUCCUUUCAUUGAUGUAUGAAUUAAAACAACAUACUAUUCUCAUAUCAGUUUUUCCUGUUUAACGACAAAUACAAAUAUACUACCAGAAAUUUCUGGUACAAGUGAAUCCAGAUCUCAUUAGAAUUAGCCUGGAUAAAUGCAUCUGUGCAGUUUCCACUGGUUUUUAUGUAUACCACCUUACAGGUUAAGCAUAAAAUUGGCAGCUCAAUAAACGCUGACUCGAAUUUCACUAUGACCUUAAACUCACCUCUGUCAUCUCUGCCAACUUAAAAACUUUUUUUAAUGCAUUUUAUAUUUAUUGGAAAGACGUGUAAAUAUGAUUAGCAUGACAAUUUGAAUAAAAUGAAGCUGGAAAAAUCGUAUGUGCAAACUUUUGUUAAUAGUAGUCUGUGCUGACGACUUAAGCGACUUAUUGUAUAAUAAAAAGACUUAGUUAUCAGAAAAUUAACGAUGAGCACCAACAAAAUUACAGUGGAAUAACAUUUUUAAUAGGACUAACAAAUCCUUACAUGUUGAACUAUUCAUGGUAAGGGACAAAGGGUUAAGUCUACAUAUCAGUGGUUGGCCAAUGUUGUGAGUUGGGUUAUAACUCUGCAGGAUGUUAGUCACCAAAUAACAUUAGGUAUUAUGCAAAAGGGUUAUGGUUUUCAUCUUGAGUUGACAUCAACUAAAAUGUAGUGGAGCUCUGCUACUCUUUUGUUUACAAACUUACCAAACUUAAAGUUGGUGAGACUAUAAUUCAUGAACGACCUUUGAGAAACACCAAAAUGGCCUUGAAAACACCCACCUACUUACCAGAGUUAAAUCAGAGUUAUAAAUUAAUGAGAGGAAUUAGGAUUAGAAUUUAGAUGUUAGGGCUAGAAAUUAGAAAUAAUACUUCCAUCACGAACUGAUAUCAACCGUAGUGUUAAGGUGCCAUUUGACCAAAUGAAUGAAUCAAUUUUGCGCCAAAAUCCAAGAUCUGCGAUCUUAGAUCUGAUUGGUUCAUCCUUAAAAUUUAGACAGAAGUUAGAGUAAAAGUAUCUAGCUGUACAUUUACCCCUAACUAUCCAUUGAAUUUCAUAUUUUUUACCAUCAAUUUCAAGCACUUUAGGAACUGAGUAUUCACAGUUUUCACUUGGUCUAUAGUAACCUGCAAGAUAUAAUUCAUUUUUUUAUUGGUUGUUCGAAUUUUCCCAUUUAUGUUUAGGACUGCAAUUGGUCAGUUUCAUAUUGGCAUGUGUAUCCUGUGCGAAUUGCCUCGAUAUUGCCUUGAAUUAAAAGCAUUAUAAGUGGAAGUUGAUGGUGGCCAGGAGUGGAUUCAACUAUUAACCACCAAUCUCUGGUUAUAACUUGUAUAAUAUCUUACAUUACGGUUCCGAUUUCGCGCAAAAUAUCGUGGGGAAUCGUUUUAAUUUUUAGUGGCUCACCCGAGGCCAUGAGAAUGGCAUGCUUGUCAAAGUUUCCAAAUCGCAAAAUAGCCUGGUUGUUUUAGUGGGCUUUGUAGCACUUAAAUACAUCUUGCUAACCAAUUAUUUUGCUUUAUGAUCCUUGAAUUAUACGUUUUGUGAAGGUCGCACUAACCCUUGACUUCUUGAUAUCAGCAUGGUUUAAAAAGGGACAGAAAAAUGCAAUACACAGUUCUAUCUUGGUCUAUCUGGUCAUAUGUUUGACAAGAUCAGAUCAUUUUGAGUGAUCUAUAGUAUACCUUCGUGACACUCCUGUCCCUUCAUUGGUCAGAUAUGACUUAACAAACGAUUUUUUGAUCUUUGUACAUCUCUUAUCUUACCUCCUGCUUAUAUUCUCCAAUAUCUAAUUAUUCACACACAUAAUGGUGCUUUGUAAUUUUUUUCAAGUCUAUUUACCCAAUUUUCACCUACUUCCUAUUUUGAACUGUUGACUAGAACAUCUGUUAUUUUAUUAUCCUUGACCACCACUAUUGCACCUGUCUUACUAUCAGUACUUUUACGCAAUUUAUUUAGUUGUAACCAUUGAAUUAUAAUUUGCCUUCAUUGGGUUAAUAUUUUCAUAUAAAUACUAAUGUAUACUAAGUUGAUGACGAUCUAUUUGAAAACAAUAUUGUUCGCUUGUAUGUGUUGUUCUAAUUUGUGAUAUUUUCUUCAGAUAAGUCUGAAAAGUUGUCCAUCGUUAACCGUCAGAGCUACUUUUUCCAUCUAUUGUUUUCACUGCUCACCGCUGUCCAAGAUCAUUACGUAUACCUUUUGUCACUCCAUGUUUAAAUUGUUUCCGCUCCUCACUGUGUUCAGAGCCAGAUUCUGCGCUACUAGUGGUUAAAUAAGGAUUUUAAAUGUUGUCUAGUUGCUCAAACGGGAGUCAGUAACGUGUAGUUUAAGGCUGCGAUAUACUGACUGAACUUAAUGCGUUUUAAUCACUAAACUAUCACUUUGUAAGAAUGAAUUGUGCUCCAUAAGGAUCGUCGUAAAAACUAUAAGGACACGAUUUUUGUUCAGUAUGUCUCAAUUUCCGGAAUCAACUGUCAUAUGUGUUUAUCAAAUAGUCAAUAAGAGCAACUGAUAGGUUUGUUCCUGUUUUUAAUUUUUUGCCAGGUUUUUAUUGGACUUAUUUUGUGAAGUCUGGGGUUAGUGAUUAAAACUUUCGGUUUUUAAUCACUAGACCAUAAGUUCAAAACUCAAUUUACUUACUUGGUUUUGAAUAGCAUCACUAAUUCUUUCAUUCAGAAUAUAAUUUAAAAGUGAAUGCGAAAAAACUAUACUUUCUGGAAAAGCCAUAUCCUUUUAUUCUUGGAAAUAAAAAGCACUUAAUUGCUUUUAUUUGUAAUUUUCUUCGUAUUAAAAGGUUUCAUACUUGAUCAUAGUCUAUGUUUUUUCCAGCCCGAUUUAGAUAUGUCAACUAAAUCUAUCACGAGUACUGAUCCUAACCAGUCUGGUUCAUUAUUGCCUGCCCAGUCACCUGUUCAAUUAAGAAAACGUGGUCGGCCAAGUAACAGGAAGUUAGUUCAUUUUAACCAGAAUUCAUCAAAUGGAUCAUCUGAUCCUAAACAUAUCAAUAAUAAUUUUGAAGAAAAUUCAUCAACCAAUGAAAAUCAAAGAUAUUUUAUCAAUAAAAAAAUGAAUCAAUCCACUUUAUAUUCUUCAAGUUCUGAUGAUUCAAAUUUACAUUAUCCACAUCGUGUAUUACGUCCACGUAGAUCAACAUCAAAUUAUUAUCCACAAAGAAAAAGACGAAAACAUUUACGUUGUGAAAUAAGUAAAAAAUCAUUAUCUACUCAUCGAAAUAUUCAAUAUAAUGUACAAACUAAUUCAUUACAAGAUAAUUUAUCCAUUAACAUUAAACCAUGUACACAUUCCAUAAAAGUUGAAGAAGAUCAUAAUAAUGCUAUGCUUGAAGAUGAUGAUGGUGUAGAUGAUGUUGAUGAUGAAGAGGAAGAUGAUCAAGAUGAACAACAAACAAGACGUUAUCCAGUACGUAAUCGUAAGAAUACUAUUGUUUAUCAGGUUGAAAAUUUGCAGAAUAAUCAUAGUAAUAGUAACAAUCAUGGUGUUCAACAACAUCAAAGAAACUGGUUAGCCGGUACAGGUUAUCAUAAAGAAAGACGAUCACGUCAAUUGAAAUCCAAGCAUCGUAAAAAUUUAGAACAUUGUGGUUCAAGUAGUAGUAGUACAUCGUCUUCUUCAUCAACAUCAUCAUCAUCAAGAUCUCAUAUUUCUGAUAGAUUAUUCUGUAAUCGUAAUAGUUGGCAUAAUCGUUGGCAUUGUUCUUCCACUAAAGAGAAUAAUGUUCCAUUAACAGUUGAUAAAGAUGAAAAACGUUUUCAACGUCGUAUUAAUAAAAGUAUUAUACAUGCUAGAUCAGAGCUUAUGCCUAUAAACAGUCAUCAACUUGGUUAUGAGAAUAAAUCCACGGCAGGAAAUCGAAGUUUUUCUACAACUUGCUUGGCAGAUAUCGAACCAAUGUCUAUUGAUUCAUCUGUCGGAUUCGAACAAGUUGGGGGUCAUGAAAAACAUAUAUUAGCAUUGAAGGAAAGUAUAAUUCUACCGCUAAUGUAUCCUGAAGUGUUUUCAAAAUUCAAUGUAGAUCCACCUCGUGGUGUACUGUUUUCAGGACCUCCAGGUACUGGUAAAACAUUGUUAGCCAGAGCUCUUGCAAAUGAAUGUAAUCGUUUAGCUCAAGGUAGCAAUAAUAAUAAUACCGUAAAACAACGUCGUCCUAUUGCGUUUUUUAUGCGUAAAGGAGCAGAUUGUUUAUCUAAAUGGGUUGGUGAAUCUGAACGUCAAUUAAGAUUACUAUUUGAUCAAGCGUAUCGAAUGCGUCCUUCUGUAAUUUUCUUCGAUGAAAUUGAUGGUUUAGCUCCUGUUCGAUCUUCAAAACAAGAUCAAAUUCACUCCAGCAUUGUUUCCACUCUUCUCAGUUUAAUGGAUGGUUUAGAUAAUCGUGCUGAAGUUGUGAUUAUUGGUGCAACAAAUAGACCAGAUGCUAUUGAUCCGGCCUUACGACGUCCUGGACGAUUUGAUCGUGAAUUCGUAUUUACAUUACCAACAGAGGCAGUUCGACGUCGUAUACUCGAUGUGAUUACUGCAAAAUGGGACUCAAAACCAGAUUCAUUGUUACUUGAUCAAAUUGCUGCAGCAACGAUCAAUUUCUCCGGUGCUGAUCUUAAAGCAUUAACUACAGAAGCAUGUUUAUGCUGUCUACGUCGAUGUUAUCCUCAAGUAUAUAGUAGUCAGGUGAAAUUAGCUUUGGAACAUAAAUAUUUAGUGGUCUCUCAUUCUGAUUGGUUUGAAGCAUUACAAAUUGUUCAUGCAUCAAGUGAACGUUUUGAUAGUGAUGUAUCAGCUUCAAAUUUAACACCAUCAACAAAUGCAUUAUCUUCUACUAUACGUACACCAUUAUCCCCGACAUUAGCCAAGUUAUUAUCACAUCAUGUUAAUAAAAUUGUAAAUUAUAUAACACGAAUAUUAUUACUGACCAAUUCAAGAAAGUUUGGUUCCUUGAGUAAUAAUAAUAAAGAAUUAUCAUCAUCAUCACCGUCAUCAUCAACAGGGAUUGUAUAUGAUAAUGUUUCAUCGUGUAUUAUCAAAUCGAAAUUAUUCAUUCAUGGUAAUAUAUCUGAAAUUAUUAUGAAUGCUGUAUGGCAUAGAUUAGAGGCAUUACAUGUAUUCACACUUAAUUUGGCCAAUCUAUUUGCAUUCCCUACAAGUCUUGGAAUGUGUCCAGAAGCGGCUAUUGCACAAAUUAUCUCCUCUAUACGACGUACAUUAAAUAAUUCUUCUUUAACAACAUUCAAUAUGAAAUCUCAAUUAAUCAAUGGAAUUGUUAUUGUUUAUCUACCAUCAAUUGAUGUACUUCUUCAUAGUUUACCACAAUUAACUGCUUCUUAUCUUGUUGAUAGAUUAAAUGCAUUAGUAGAUGAAAUCAAUUGUGAAUUGAAUUAUAUUCCUUCAACAUUGAACAAUUCUGAUCAUUUAGAGGGCUCUUUAAACAACAACAAUAACAACAAUAAUAAUAAUAAUCGAUUACAAUAUGCUACCAUGAAAACUUCACGUCGAUUAAUCAUUAUUGGAACGUGUACAAAACCACAACAACAGUAUUCUAAUUGUUUCCCUCCAAGAAUCGUUCCACUUGUUAACAUAGAAAAACGUAAUUCACCUAUUAAACAGUGCAAUAAUAAUAAUAAUACGAGUACAACCCAUGAUAAUUGUGUAUCAAUAUUUCCUAAUUUAAUUGGAAAAUCAAAUGAUGUAAACUGUCGAGUCACUAGUUGUAUGAAUCUCAUCGAUAAAUCUAUAUCAUCAUCACCACAUUCAUUGCAUUUAAGAUCUUCACCAUCUUCGAUCGUUCCCAAUACAAUGCAUAAUAAUAAUAAUAAUAAUAAUAAUAAUAAUAAUAAAAAUAAUGAUAUUAGUGGUAAUACUAAUAAUAAUGGUACUACUACUGUUGGAUUGAAUGAACACUUAAUGAAAUAUACAUAUGACCAUGAUUUAAAUAGUAUUAAAUUUCAAUUUACUAUUCAAUUACCAGAAUGUCAUAGAUCAUCAUCUAAUGCUAAAAUGAAUUCUUACAUCACACCAACAUCAUUAAUGAAUACAGAUUUUAUUACAGAUAAUAAAGGGAAUACUACUAUUCAUGAUACUACUACUACUAAUAACAAUAAUGAUACUACUCAUAAUUACUUAUCGGAUUAUACAGAUUUAGAUAAUGAUUAUUUAAAAAAUAUUGAUAAUUCAUUAUAUAUAAAUCAUAUAUUACAUAAAAUAUUCAAUAGUAAUCAUACAGAAUUUAUGCAUUUAGAAUUACCUAAUAAAGAGGAAAGAUUAGCAUUUUUUACAUCAGUUAUUAUUAAAUGGCCUCAAUUAACAUCAAUGGAAUUAUUACAUAUACGUGAUAAUAAAUCGAUUAUUCAACAAUUAUCUAAUACACAAAUACCUAGUCCACAACCAGCUGUUGAAAAAGAUGAUGAUGAUGUUUCAGGAAAGUAUAAAAAAGAUCGUUAUCCAGUAAAUCCCUCCCCUGAAGAAUUAGCUAUUAUUGAAUCUAGGGAAAUGCAAUUAUUUCGUCGUCUUCGACAAAUUCUACGUAGAGUUGUUGCACAUUUAGCAAGUUUUCGUCGUUUCACCGUAUUCACUAGACCAGUUCAAUUAGAUGAAGCACCGGAUUAUUAUGAUGUUAUUAAACAACCAAUGGAUUUAGGUCUUAUACGUGAUAAAAUUGAUUCACAUCAAUAUACUAAUGUAACUGAUUUCAUGAAGGAUGUAGAAUUAGUCUAUCUGAAUGCAUUGGAAUAUAAUCCACCGAAUAUACCACGAAGUCGAGAUAUUCGUUCUAGAGCAUCUGAAUUUUGGGAUGAAGCAUGUUUACGCAUGGAAGAAGAAUUGCAACCUGUUGAUUUGAAUGAAUUAUGUGAAGAGGCAACUCAAGCACGUGCAGCACGUUUGUCUCAUGCCCAACUAACUAAAACUUCUUCGACCUCGAUGCGUCAUUCAAAAGUCAAAGGAUCAGAGCAUCAAUGCUUCAAGGGGAUGGAUCAAACAUCUCAAGGGACUGGUGUGAAGCCAUCAUUACCUCUUCCACAAGGUUAUCGUUAUAGUCGGAGGUUGCAUGGUGAAUCACCUAUUCUAGAACUCAGUGAUAUUCUUCAAUUACAGUCAUCGAACAGACGUCGUCGUACGACUUCAUCUAAUUCUUCUUUAAAAAGUCCAUCAAAGUUACAAUCAAGUGAAUUAGACUGUGAUAUUGAUACAUGGUCAUCUCCUGGACCUACUUUAAUAAAAUCAUUUGAAGAAAAUGAAUCUGAACCUUCUCAAUUGACAUCUAAUGAACAGUCGUCAAAUUUAUUUAAAUCACCACUUUCUGAAGAUUCAUAUCAUCGACCACGAUCCAGUCCAAAAUCUCAUGAUGAUCAAUCAUUUAAUCGAACACCAUCACCAACUCUUAAUAUUACUGCCAAUACUAAUACUAGUACUACUACUCCUACUCCUAUUCCUACUAGUACUUGUACAUCAAUCCAAGUAGAUUUGAAAAAGUUAAAUCAUUUCCUUAAUGAAAUUGUUCUACAAACUGAUGGUUGGCCAACAUUACAACUGAUCAAUUUACAUACAGAUUUUUCUAAUUUAAUAUUUUGUAAAUAUGCACAUGUUACUGAUAGAAUGUCAUUGUCAGAUGAUUUUGAGAAGAUAUUUGCAAUUUAUCAAAAUGCACACUUCUAAUUCUCCAUAAUACACAUACCAUAUUUAGGUAUUUUCUCAAUUCAUUAUAUUAAUAUUAUUGUGUUAACAUUUGUAAACCUCAGGUAGGUUUAGGUUAUUCUAUAUUUCUAUUUGUACAUUGGCAUUACCAAUACUAGAUAUAAUGGCAUAUAUAUAUCAUCAUCAUAUGUGGGCAGCUUUAUCAUUCUCUAAUAUUUCCCCAUCAUGAUCACUAUGAUGUCCACAUUCUUUCGAUUAUAUUCUUGUUGUUAUUGUUUUGCUCUGCUCUCCUUCUCCCCCCUUUUUUUUCCCUCCCUGUUUUUUGCUAAUAAGAUUUUUUGUUUUGAUACAAUGAAUUAAUAAAUAGUUUUUGUGUAAUGCUUCUUGUUUUUUUUUCUUACUUGUCCUUCUCAAUGUGUGAAUACGCGUUUUAUAUGUUAAUUAGUUAUAUUUAUUUCUUAUUUGUAACCAUGUUAGGUAUUAUUAUUAUUAUUAUUAUUA